GAGCGUACACAGAUGACAGACGUUGUUGCGCAUGCGCAUAAGGCACUGAAACGAGAUCGGGGAUACCUUUUCCACUACUGCAGCUGUUGCAUAUGUGCUUUUACAUUUUUAACAUAAGCCAGAGAUCACAACGUCAGUAAUACCUAUCUACCAACAUAGCACAGCUAAAUAAUAGAAACACGUUCUUGUUAUCUGCCAUUUUAGCCGACUGCUAGCUUGCUCCGUGCAGCGGUUGGAUUAUGUUUACCUCUCAAACCUCGUCCUUCCAAGAUUCAAUUGACGUGGAAGAGAGAGAUGACUUUGACAGCGAAGAAAUUGCUGGAUACAGCCAGAAAAUUCAGUUGAACUGCUACUACACCAUCUAUCUUUAUCAAGGCACAAGAUCUGAGGCUUCUGGGGAAAAUGUGGCAUGGAACCAGAGACGAGCAGACUCCACAACCAGUCAGGAUGACUUUAGCCUGACACUAAUUGACAGCAGCCUGCCAUCAGAGGCAGAGCCUGAGCUGCGGACCUACAUUUCAAGGAGGCUGAGCAAAGGAGCCCUGCUGGGAGGCAUGGGCAACAUUGCCACUGUGGAACUCACUAUCCCAGAGCAGGCAGUCGGCUGCUACUGCUGUCUCCUGGAGCAGGAAAGGUCUCCUGAGCAGCCUGAUGCUGAUGGAAAUGGAUAUGUCAUCUGCUUUAUGGGCGGCUCUGAAAAAGGACUGAACCUGUUUAGAUUAGAGCUUGAUAAAUACGUCCAAGGCCUGCAUAGCAGCCUGCAAACCCCAGAGCUGCAGAACCUUGAGACGGAGGUGCGUCCCUAUCUGAGCCGGUGGUACGAGGAGUCUGUGAUGCACAUUCAUCGGGUGGUGCAGCUGGUCCAGAGCAACAUCAGCUUCUUGCUGCAUGCUGCUCUGAGUCACACACAUGUGGAGGUCAGUAAUUCAGAUGAGAGGACAAAGGCUGAUGUGUCCAGGUUCAUCAAAGCAGCCAGUUUGCAGGGCCUGUCCCAACAAGACACUACAGCAGCUUCUCUGUGUAAGGCUAUUUCAGAGGACACACACUCUGACCUGAUCAUAGACUGCUCCACCAGUCCACCCACAUUCUCUAACACUGUCAGUAAUCGUUUCUGUGACGACUGGAUUCAGGCAUUUCUAAACGCUGCAGAGCGUUGUAAUCCCUUCCUGCUCAGACAGAUUCUGGAGAACUUCAAACUUAAGGCCAUCCAGGACAUGAACAGCCUGAAGCGUUUUGUGCGGCAGGCAGAGAUGAGUCACUACGCCCUGUUUCGCUGCUGCCAGUUCCUACAGGGCUGCGGAAAUGGGGAUGUGUUGCUGCAGAAUGCCAGGGCGGAGCACAGCGACCUGCCUGAAUCCUGCAGCAUCAUCACUGUCCUGGAGGAGUUCAUCAAGGAACAAUCCCAGGCCCAGGCCUGAAUCCAUUACAACACCUAACUCCCAAGUUGUGGGGCCUGAAUACCUUGUCUGUUGCUGGUAAGACAGUCUGCUCUUCCAGGCACAAAGCAGAUAACCUAGUACCAGUCUAAACUUAGCACUACAUCCUAUGUUAAACAUCAGUUUGCCAGACAAAAAUCUGGCAAAUUCAGAGUGUAAAUAUAAGUUAAAAAACAUAAGUUAUCUCUGCUGGCACUACUGCUCUUUCUCAGCUAGAAGAGUGGUGGUCAGAUCUGGAACAUGUACUGUAAACAACAUACAACAUACACUCAGCUUCCCUCAACAAAAGUGUAGUUUAUUGACUCUGUAACGUCACUGCACUGAUCUUAACAAUUAAGGUUAGUUGUUGAUUGGAGAUGGUAGCAAAAAUGAAUUGACAGACAAUGACCUGAAUUCCAAAAAACAAAAUCGGUGUGCAGAUCAGUUUAGAUGUAAUUGUAGAAUGGCACUUUCCCAAUCUUUUACUUUUGCAAUUUUUGUGUUGUGUGUCUGUGUGUGUGUGUGUGACAAUAUAAUGAACCAAAUAUUAUUACUAGUAUUUUGCUAACUGACAAUGAUCACAACACAGAACUGAUCCAAACUAAAGCUUCUACUCAUUGGAGGGAAAUUAUCUAUUGCUUAGUUGAUGUCCAAAUAUUCUUUAAUUAUUGUUUGUAUUUUAUUUGAUUGUACUAGUUUUCUUUUGAGAAGAAACAUAUUGAGAAUGCACAAAUCACUUUUAUGCAUUGCUUGUUACAUAGGCCUUGUUUUUGCUUACAAUUCAACCCAAUACAUGCACUACUAUAUUAUUUUUGUCUAAUGAAUACUGCUACUGUAUGUAUGUAUGUCUAUCAAGUGAUACUAGAUGUCAGUUUAAUCCUUCUCUGGGAAUGCAGUGUUGUAGAUAAAGUGUAAUUUUUGGAUAUCAUUUUCUGUAUACAAAAUCUUGCCAGCCUUCACCAGCUUGAGACUUCAUGAGAAAAAAACUAAACGGGAACUAUGUGACCAGUCAGUCACUACAUUUACUAAGCAUUUGUUUAGUUUAAAACGUUCUGCAAUAUUAAUAACCACAGAAAAAAAAUUCUAAAGAGUAGUAAGAUAUUAAAAUGUUGAAUAAAAGUAGAUGAUAUAAAAGUUUUAUUUUUGUUUCAUUGUGCACCUGCAACAAGACAAGUUUCUAUAUUCCAUUAAACCCAUAAAGGGUUUUAGAACCAAGCUCAAACCACUCCCAUUCAAACCAGUCCAAAGUGUGUAAUACAGCAAUAUCAUUGUUGGUGGGGUAUACUUUCAAACUGUGAAGCAGGUGACAUGAAUAUGAGACAUUUUACUGUUGUGAACCCUAGUGUGACUAACCCACACAGUGCGUGUUGUACAACGUAGUUAUAAAUGACUUUGUGGUUCUCGGUCUUGUUUAGUAGGAGCUGAAAUAAAUACCACAGUUGAACUUU